AUGGAUAAUCAUUCUGGACUCCGUGGUACUUUCGGCUCAUCUCUACGGAGCAAUCCUAUCUGGGAAGUCAUUGGGCCAAUUUUGAAGGCUUCGUCGAAGAGCAUUGAAGAAGUGUCUCGACAGCAGGUCAAUGACUUCACGUUCGUCCAAGAGGCCGAUAACGAGCCCCUACAGCUGCUUCUCCUAACGCCGUCUUCCCUCGAAGCGUACCAGAAGAGGAGACUUAUUCUUCGCUUGAGGGAAUUUGCAGCUUCAGACUCAUCAUCAUGCCCGAGAAAAGCAAUUGCAUUCCUUCUGUCAGAAGACGCAUUUUCCAGUGCCAGCGAGAAAUAUAGUCUCAAUGCACUGCUCGCGUUGCAAGUACUUUUAUUCGAAAGCAUUGCGGUUCCUCUUCCAGUGAUCACCAUCCCAGAUGCGCACUCGUUCCUUGCCUCGGUCAAAGAGUAUAUGGCAAACCUUGAGGAUAUACCGGUGACAAGUUCUGCAUUGGGAGAAUCACUCGCCCUGCUAGCGCAAGCCACUUCGGAAUAUCCUAACGCUCUCUGUGAGCAAGCGACGAGCAUUCUCAGCGAUCUUUUUCCAUCUUUCACGGCAUUGAGCGAGGCUACGCGCACGCUCGAGGGGCAGGAAGUGCUGGGAGAAUAUUUGGGAGCUGAAGCUGCGGAGAAAAUUGUACGAUUCUGGCAGGAAGAUCUGUUGACUGAAUGA